GGCUCGCGCCCAGAGGGGGAGAGGGGAAUGUCGCUGGUGCAGAUAGCGAUAGCGAGCGGCCAAGUAUGCGCACAAUCAAAGUAACUUUAUCAAGGCAAUAUAUGAAAUACCCCACUUUGUCGGAUGGUUUCAAUAUCUGAUUUGGACUAUAAUUACUUUGGGCUGCCCGGCAACGGUGUUGUCAUUGCAUGAGCGACCGGGCUGCGCGGUGGAGAAAUAUGUAAGACUUGCAGAUUUCAUGCCACGGCGAAUCUCUAGCAUAAGAACUCAAGGGGAGCCAGGAAAGCAGGCGGAGAGCAACAUUGAGCAGUACUUUUUCUCCUUGGCUGCCGUCGGAUAAAGGACCGGCGUCUUGAGGGGGAACUUCACAAAAUUGAAGACACUCAGGCGGUUUGAGGCAGGCGGAGAUACGGACAGCCCGUUACCCCACCGUGUCCUCUGCCCAGCGACGAGAGGGAGGAGGCCCACCCCCCCGCCCCCCAGCAUGGAGGAAUGACCCCCUGGGCAGCCGCCACGGUCGGGUGUAACGCAGCAUGGAGCUCAAAGUCUGGGUCGAUGGCGUCCAGAGGAUCGUCUGUGGCGUUACCGAGGCGACCACCUGCCAGGAAGUGGUCAUCGCCCUGGCCCAAGCCAUCGGGCGCACCGGGAGGUACACGCUGAUCGAGCAGUGGCGCGAGACGGAGCGGCACCUGGCCCCGCAGGAGAACCCCAUCGUCUCGCUCAACAAGUGGGGCCAGUACGCCUGCGACGUGCAGCUGGUCCUCCGGCGCACCGGCCCCUCGCUCAGCGAGCGGCCCACCUCCGACGGGGCCGCGCGGGGCCCCUCCCGGGGCCUCUACCGCCAGAGCCUCCCGCCGCUGGCCAAGCUGCGGCCCCCGGGGGCCGCCGACCGCUCGCUCCGGCGCAAGGAGCCCAAGCGCAAGUCGCUGACCUUCACGGGCGGGGCCAAGGGCCUGCGCGACAUCUUCGGCGGGAAGGGCCGCGAGGCGGAGGCCAGGCUGCGGGCGCUGGGCGGGCAGAACGGCGGCGUGGUGGUGGCGCCCCCCGGCCCGCGGGAGGAGCUGGGGCGCCUGGUGCGUCUGCAGAAGGAGAAGCUGCAGCUGCUGGAGCGGCGGCUGGAGGGAUGCGAGGCGGAGCUCAGGAGCCGGGCGGAGCACGCCGGGGCCCCCGCGCCGGGGCCCGGGCCCGGGCCGGAGGACGAGCUCCUGCGGCUGGAGCGCCACGUGCGGAGGAACGAGGUGGAGAUCGAGGAGGAGGAGUUCUGGGAGAACGAGCUGCAGAUCGAGCAGGAGAACGAGAAGCAGCUGCAGGAGCGGCUCCAGGAGCUGAGGGGCCGGGUGCAGGAGUGCGAGGCCCAGCUGGGGGACUGCCUGGCCCGCGUGCGCGGCAUGGAGGCCGGCCUGCAGGCCGAGCGGCUGCAGCUGGAGAUGCAGGAGGCGCAGCAGGUGGACGAGGAGGCGCUCAGGGCCAAGGUGGAGAAGGCGCAGGCUGAGCUGGAGCUCCAGGCCCAGCACACCUCCCGCCUGGAGACCAGCUGCAGAGCCCUGGAGAGAUCGCUGGGGCAGUCCGGCAAGAGGCUACAGGAGAAGGAGCAGGAGUUGGAGCAGCUGACCAAGGAGCUGAGGCAGGUGAACCUGCAGCAGUUCAUCCAGCAGACGGGCACCAAGGUCACCGUCCUGCCUGCCGUGCUGAGCGAGGAGGAGACCACAGACCCGCCCCCGCAGUGUGAUUCGCUGAAGCGGCCCGGCUCCUCCCGCCAGCUGCCCAAUGACCUGCGAGUGCUGCAGAACCCCCUGUCCUCAGGGUUCAACCCCGAGGGAAUCUACGUCUAACCCCCCCCCCCUUCGGCCUUCCCGGGCUCCGCCUCUUCCAGGGACCCCUCCCCUCUGGCUCCGCCUCCUCAGGGGAUCUCCCCCCCCCGCCCCUUUUUGUAGCAGUGACCAAUCCCACCUCUCCGCACGGGCUGUUGAUCCUGAGGGCACAGCGUCCCCAAUACAGCCCUUUGGUUCCAAACGCACCCCGUUCUUUCUCACUGGUCACCCCGCCCGGUCCCUGCCUGUGAUGGAAGCGGUCAACAGAAGCCUUCUCCGCACAUUUUCUCUCUGGAGGAGGCGGCCAUUUUGAGCCCUCCCCGGCCUGGAUGAGCCGUGGUGAAAGGUCCACUGCGGAACGACUCGACCACCCCCUGGUUCAGUCAGCGAGCAGCAGUGCUCCUGGGGGCAGAAGAGCGACAGCUGACAGCCGAGCCGAGGAUAACAAAAGCGGGAGAUGCUGAUCAAGCGGACAGUGAAAUGUGUGCGCCCCUUCGCAUCCCAGUAUUGUCACACGUUCCAUAGCGUUGGUUAAGAAUUUCUCUUUUUGCCAAAUUGCAGAUUAAGAGUUUGUGAAUAGUUAUGUUCUGCAGAUUCACCACUAGAGGGCAGAGUUCGAGAGCCUGUAUUAAGCGUUCACAAAUAGUGUUUGCUUUUGGAUUAAAAUGCUCACUUUGUUUCAUUAAUGACGACUUCUGCCCAGAGUAAUUAUUUAGUCCGUUUUAAGAAAAGGCGUGGAAGAUAAAAUGUAAUGCCUUGAAUAAGUGGUUCAUAGUGGGGGCCACACAGUUGAUGUGUAGCGGUGGGUUUCACAGCUAUGGUUUAGGACAGGGGUCUCCAAUCUUAUCCAGAAAGGGCCGGUGUGU